AUGCAUAUAUUGCAGCGAAAGGGCAAUCGACGCUUCCACGACCCCGUGAAAAUGGUAACGCAGCUCAAUUCGUGGUUUAAAGGGCGCUUGCAUGCCGAAAUUUCCGAAAAGAGCUGUUCGAUGUCGUGCCAAAUCCGCAUCUUCUUUGAAGCAGAUAUUUUGUUAACGCCUCAUGGAGCCGGAGCGACGAAUAUGAUUUUCAUGAGGCCGCGAACUGUGUUUAUUGAAGCAUUCCCGCCCUAUUUCCUGGAGUGCAUGUUUAUGAAUCUGGCGAAUAUUGUGCGAGUUCAUUACUUAUCGAUUGCUGUGUACAAUGAAACGUUCCUUGCGAAAAAAGUUCAACCUGGAGAUGGUGAAAAGCAUUAUGAGCUUGGUAUUAUUAUGCGGACCCGCAGGCGUUUUAUCAAUGCACGUGUUGCCCCAAGUCCUUCAGCGGUAUUUCCCGCUAUACAAGAGAGAUGUGUUUGA